AUGUUCAAAAUACAUCUUCCCAAAGACAGAAAAAAGUGCUUGCACAAAUGGGAACUUUUCCUUCACACCAUGCCACGCCAGAGCAUAACCUCAACCAACCCCCCGAUACCCGGCAUCGUGGAUAUCGGGAACAUUAAUCUGCCUAGUUGCCGCUGCCUUUUCCAUCGCCAACAGGCUCAAAGACCACGGGUAUCUUUUGCCCUCUUUACACAGUAUCCUACUUGCGACACGGACAGAAGCGUUUCGCUGUCGGUCGAUCGGCUGGCCGGCCUUGGGUCGCAAUUGCAGAUCUUGGCAGCAAUUGUGCAACGCAUUAUCCACUUUAUACUGAAUCUGUACAGAUACGGGUCCGCAUGCUUUACUACCGUCUGCCUUCAGCCCUUCAAUUCACCGUCUGGCCCCCAUUCAGUGACGCUGCACAAGUUCACGACUGCCAAGCCUUGGGGGCUUUCUGUUCAUUCAAUGGAUGGGAAAUGGGAACGACUGACUAGGUACUGCCAUUGCUUCGAAUUCCAUUGUCUAUGGGUACGUCGAGGAUUCAAGUGCUCGACAUGGUCGGAGGCUAGAAGCAAUUGCCUGCCGGGCCUGGAUAUUCAUUCCGAAUCUUUCGUACGAGCCUGUGAGGGUACGGAGUAA